CAAAUGCGUGGAUCGCUCCGCUGAGUCUGUUCGUCGAAGCCGUCGCCACCUCCGCCGCCGCCCCCUGUCCCGGCCCCCCCCCCCUGGGUUUCCUCAGCCCAGCUCGGUCCAGCCCGGUUCUCGGGAGAAUGAAGUUCGUGUACAAAGAGGAGCAUCCGUUCGAGAAGCGCCGCUCUGAGGGCGAGAAAAUCCGAAAGAAAUACCCAGACCGGGUCCCGGUGAUAGUGGAAAAAGCCCCCAAAGCUCGGAUAGGAGAUUUGGACAAAAAAAAAUACCUGGUGCCUUCAGAUCUUACAGUGGGUCAAUUCUACUUCUUGAUCCGGAAGCGAAUUCAUCUCCGUGCUGAGGAUGCCUUGUUUUUCUUUGUCAACAAUGUCAUUCCCCCCACCAGUGCCACGAUGGGUCAGCUAUACCAGGAGCACCACGAGGAAGACUUCUUUCUCUACAUCGCCUACAGCGAUGAGAGUGUCUACGGCCUGCAGAGCUGCUGUCCCUGAGGGGGCCAUUCUACACGGAGAGGUGGCUCCUUCCCUGACAUCGCCUUCCUCCUUCAGGCGAAAACACCAUCUCCUUCUUCAGGACCUGCACUUAAUGUUUGAGGCUGUUUCUUCUGUCCCUCACAGCAGGAGGGUAGUGGUAGACACAGUCUCCUUACAUCUCCUUUCUUUCCCCUUGUUCGCCCUCAUUCCCACUCUGCUUUAGACUUCUUGAUUGUCAAUCUCUGUCACAUCCGUUGAUUGUUUUGGUUUCUAUUCCCUUUCUAACUGCCCAAGCAGGCUCCCUUCCUUUCAGUACCUUCUUUUUGGGGGGGUAGAUGGAAGGGAUUAACAUUGUCGGGGGAGGUAGGAGGCACAUCAAUAAAGAAGAAACCACCGAGCUGAA